AUGGUAGACAAUAGAAAUGUAAACACUUCCCAUAGAAACAAGCUUUCUUUGUGCAGUGAUGAUGGGACAACCUUGAGACAAUUACACCUAGCCAAGCGAACGCACACAGGAGAGAAGCCAUAUUCGUGUAGCGUGUGUGGGAAAAGCUUUGCCACAUCAUCAGACCUGGCCGAGCACAAGCGAACGCACACAGGAGAGAAGCCAUAUUCGUGUAGCAUGUGUGGGAAAAGCUUUGCCACAUCAUCAGACCUGGCCCGGCACAAGCGAACGCACACAGGAGAGAAGCCAUAUUCGUGUAGCAUGUGUGGGAAAAGCUUUGCCACAUCAUCACACCUGGCCCGGCACAAGCGAACACACACAGGAGAGAAGCCAUAUUCGUGUAGCAUGUGUGGGAAAAGCUUUGCCACAUCAUCACACCUGGCCCAGCACAAGCGAACGCACACAGGAGAGAAGCCAUAUUCGUGUAGCGUGUGUGGGAAAAGCUUUUCCCACAUCAUCACCACCUGGCCUGGCAACAAGCGGGCAAUUAUCACCAGGAGAGAAGCCAUAUUAGCUUUGCCACAUCAUCAGUCCUGGCCCAGCACAAAUGGCGAACGACACAGGAGCAGAAGCCAUAUUAUUCGUAGCGUAAGCGUGUGUGGGAAAAGCUUUGCCACGUCAUCACACCUGGCCCAGCACAAGCGAACGCACACAGGAGAGAAGCCAUAUUCGUGUAGCGUGUGUGGGAAAAGCUUUGUCCAAUCAUCAGUCCUGGCCCAGCACAAGCGAACGCACACAGGAGAGAAGCCAUAUUCGUGUAGCGUGUGUGGGAAAAGCUUUGCCACAUCAUCACACCUGGCCCAGCACAAGCGAACGCACACAGGAGAGAAGCCAUAUUCGUGUAGCGUGUGUGGGAAAAGCUUUGCCACAUCAUCACACCUGGCCUGGCACAAGCGAACGCACACAGGAGAGAAGCCAUAUUCGUGUAGCGUGUGUGGGAAAAGCUUUGCCACAUCAUCAGACCUGGCCCGGCACAAGCGAACGCACACAGGAGAGAAGCCACAUUCGUGUAGCGUGUGUGGGUAA